AAAUUCAGGGAGACAAAUGGCGAUGUUUGUAUCAAAAAUUGAGUGCUACAAGCACCAGCAUCACCACCAACUUCAAGGGGUUUGCCCCUAUUGCUUGACGGAGAAAUUGUCUCAUCUUUCCCUUACUUCCAACAGAGAAAUCGUCAGGGUGGCUCCGUCCUGCUCUUCCUCUUCCUCUGCUUCGUAUUCCCCUGCUCUGGGUCCUUCUUCGGGUUUUGCAUCGCCGGAACGACGCAGGCGACAUCAGCGGAAUAUUUCAGAGGUGGCGGCAUCGAUUCAUUACGUAUUGGGUAUUGGGAAUUUUAGUUUGAGAAAAAGUCGAUCGGUUGCUUUUGCGCAUGGGAAUUUUGGUGGGGAGGUUAGGAAUGGGAAGAAGAAAAAAGGGUUUUGGUCGAAGCUGCUUGGGUUGAAGGGGAAGAAGGAGGUUCUGAUGCAUUCAAGAACGGUUAGAGUUUAGGAAAUAAAUUGUGCAUAGUUUUUGUUAUGGUUGGUAAUCAAAAGAAUGCACCUUCUUGGUGGAAACAUCAUCUCUUUUUCUUUUUCUUUUUUUUCUUUAACCAUUUUGAAGCUUUGGAUUAGUGUCAUGAAUUGCUGU